UCCCUCAGCCCACAGAAAACAGUGAAACCCUCCCAUAGAGGUGAGAGCGCAGAUGUCAUGAGAAAAGCGACCACACGACCAGAGCGCAACGACCGACGCACCGACCGACCUCAGCCCGCCUCCAUGCGCCCUGGUCUGGGAUGCUUUUAGCGCAGAGACGCCUCCACUCAGGGCAUCCAGUGGACGUCGACGCAGAUCAUCUACACUCUUUUCGUUGUUGUUGUUAUUUUUAACCGAGGAUCUUUCCCCCAGCAACCUCCCCACAAUCCUCCCUCCCCCUCUUUUUUAAGUGUUUAUGUUUGUUUCUUCAUGACUGCUGCUUUGGGAAGCGAGCCUCAGCCUCAGCUCCAGCAACGCCAACAUGCGAGCCCAAAUUGAAGUUAUACCAUGCAAAAUCUGCGGAGACAAAUCAUCAGGUAUCCACUAUGGAGUCAUUACGUGCGAGGGAUGUAAGGGUUUCUUCAGACGGAGUCAGCAGAACAAUGCAGCCUACUCCUGCCCCCGCCAGAGGAACUGCCUCAUCGACAGAACAAACCGCAACCGCUGCCAACACUGCCGCCUGCAGAAAUGUCUCGCCCUAGGAAUGUCCAGAGAUGCGGUAAAGUUUGGCCGCAUGUCCAAGAAGCAACGUGACAGCCUGUAUGCAGAGGUCCAGAAGCACCAGGCGCGACUGCAGGAGCAGCGGCAGCAGCAGACAGGUGAAGCGGAGGCUCUGGCACGCGUUUACUCAUCCAGCCUAACCAACGGACUGUCCACCCUUAACCAUGAGAUUGGGGGCACCUAUGCCAAUGGCCACGUCAUUGAGCUGCCCAAGGGUGGCCAUGGCAACGGAGGGGGAGUCCCAGGGGGAUACUAUGGGAUAGAUUCCACCCAGCCGUCUCCAGACCAGUCAGGUUUGGACAUGUCGGGCAUGAAGCACAUUAAACAGGAGCCGGUGUAUGAUCUGACACCAGUACCCAACCUGUUCAGCUACGGAGGCUACCAGGACAGCCAGCUGGGACCCAACAAUGUCAGCAUGGGAGAGCUGGACCGUAUUGCUCAGAAUAUCAUCAAAUCCCACUUGGAGACAUGUCAGUACACAACAGAGGAGCUGCAGCAGCUAGCCUGGCAGACACACUCCUAUGAAGAGGUCAAAAUGUACCAGAGCAAGCCCCGGGACGUGCUGUGGCAGCAGUGUGCCAUCCAGAUCACCCAUGCAAUCCAGUACGUGGUGGAGUUCGCCAAGCGGAUCUCAGGGUUCAUGGAACUGUGCCAGAAUGACCAGAUCCUCCUGCUCAAGUCAGGUUGUUUGGAGGUAGUCUUGGUGCGGAUGUGCAGGGCGUUCAACCCUCUCAACAACACUGUGCUUUUUGAAGGGAAGUACGGAGGCAUGCAGAUGUUUAAAGCUCUAGGUUGUGAUGACUUAGUGAGUGCAGUGUUUGACUUUGCCAAGAGUUUGUGUUCGCUGCAGCUGACAGAGGAGGAGAUUGCUCUGUUCUCAGCAGCUGUACUAAUUUCCACAGAUCGGCCGUGGCUGAUGGAGCCUCGGAAAGUCCAGAAGCUCCAGGAGAAGAUCUACUUUGCUCUGCAGCACAUUAUGCAGAAGAACCACAUGGACGAAGACGCGUUGGCUAAGCUGAUCAGUCGAAUCCCAACGUUGUCAGCCCUGUGCACGCUCCAUACCGAGGAGCUCCAGGCCUUCCAGCAGCUCCACCCAGAAACAGUCAACAUCCUCUUCCCUCCGCUCUACAAAGAACUCUUCAACCCAGACCCCAAUUCUGCCAUGGCCAUGCCCAAGUGACUGCCUGUGCAACAAACGGCGUCAGCGGAGGAACAAGAAAAUGAGACCGCGGCCACGUCUGACGAGACGACAGUGGCUGUGUCGACCAUGUCAUCACCGUGGCAACCACAUAUUCCUGAGCUCCCCCAGCCUCAUUUCAGGCUGGAGGGUGAGGAGUCAUCUGCCAGAAACUUACAGUUACCGCCAACAACACUAGGAAUGUCCAGCACUUAUUCCAUCCUGUUCACCGAUACAGUCUGAAGAAUGUAUAUAUAAAUGAAACGCGCCCCAAGCCACAACCUACGUGGGGCUUCCUCCUGUCUCCUGAACUGAACUGACUGACCAGAAAUGUACAGACUUUAAAACCAAUCUAGGAACAAUUUUAAGCUGUCAAUCUUUAAAAAAAAAAUGGGUAAGUUAAUUUGUUUUAACUUUGAAAAAAAUCUUUUUUUUUUUUUUUUAAUUUUGUUUUGGUUUUUUUUCACGUGAAGAAAUUGUGAAAUUGAAGAAGCUGGAUGGGGGAGGGAACUGUGGAUUUUAGAGAAGCUAUUGUAGAUAUUCUUCUAGUGCAGAGCGGAUUCCAGUAUUACUUCUUGUUCUGUUAAAAUAAGUUAGUCCUAAUUUAAAUAUACAGCAGUCCACUGUGGCUGACUAUACCGUGUCUAUGUGUUUUUAUUUUAUUUGAUAGUUUCUCGUGUACAGAAUUUGUAAAGUUGAGACUUGUAAAAGAAUAUUGGGUAAAACCGGGAGUCGAUUCGGGUUUUGUUGAUAUAUAGAAGCCUUGUCUGGAUUUUGUUCAUAUGUAAAGAAGGUACUGCAUCCUUCUGAUGAGAACUUAUAGAAUUGUAAAGAGAGCAUAUGAAGGAUUUAAAAAGAAAAAUAAUGGGUACUACUUUUCAAGGUGAAGAUAUAUACAUAAAUAUUCUAUUUUGCAAGUAAAAGAAUCUGGCAGAUUUGCCGUCCUAUCAAUCAUUUUUUUCUCGCUGCAAUAAUUACGUCCAACAAAAGCUGGACUGCUUUCGAACAAUCAACCACAAACAACCAAUCAGAAGCUAGGACCUCACAAUAAACCCCACCUCUUCCCAAAUUCCCCCUCACCCCGCCCCUUAUUUCUAGUGUAUUAGGGCCUUGACGUGAGAUUUCCGCAGACAUAAGUGCAUCGGAAUCACAAUGAAGAAGUGGAUGAAAAAUUCCACCAAAAAUAAAAAGACAAGAAAAUCAAGACAAACUUGACUUUAACUCACAACUUGCCAAUCUUCAAAAACCUGUGUGAGUGCUGUACGCCCUCAUCCCUCCCGUCACUAUUUGCACAAUCCAGUCCGUGGAUGUCAAUCACUCCAGGCUGUGAAUAUGAAGGACCCUUUUCUCUAAAGAGCAAUAACUUUCACACUGCCUUUCUGAUCUUACUCCUCUCUUUACCUUCUCCUCCUAUUUUCAGCUGUUCAAAACAGGGUAGCGGUUUUAACAAGAAUGCACUAUAUUUGACUCUUGAUCAUUAAUUAUGUCAUUCAUCUCUAUGGAUGGUACUCAUUUCACCACAGACUCUGCAGUGUUUUCUAACGUGACACAACGUGAACUGGGGUUAGGACUUAACACAGAUGCACUGAUUGAAAGAUGUGAAGAAAUGCAGCCUUCAAGGAUCUUUUAAAGCUACAAUAUUACAUUGACAGGUCACACAGAAAGCUGUGAUAGACAAUCACUUUUUUUUGCUUUUUUUGUUAGUCAUUCCGUAGUUAUUAGCACUUAGCGAUCAUUGUUGCUGCUUUUUCUACAUUAAUGUUGUGUUGAUUAGCACUUGGCCACUGUGUAAAAUCUCACUGGGCAUUUGUAUCAUCUGUGCAUGUUGCUGAAGUCUUUUAGUAGUUACCACCACCUUGUGAUAAAUGGAGGAACAAUGUGUAUGCAUUACUUUCGUAAAGAGAUCUACGAUGAGCUUUGACAAAUCUCCAAGUACAACGAAAGAGCUUCAUUUAAAGCUACUUACCCAAAUAAGUGACCCCCAACACAAUAAUAGCACAAAAUUCAUCUUCAGUACAAAAAUGACAAUUGUGCUUUGUGGAACUGCACUUAUACUUUUACCACAAUUCAAAUUACUAUGAUUAGUUGACCCUGAUUUAGUGUUCUUGGAGAUCGGUUAGGUUUAUAGGUGAAGGUCUUCAACUUCACCUAUAAGCUUGGACACAAUCGAAGUCAUUAACAUGAAAAACCAUUUAACCAUUUUCAUCCUCACACGCUGCGUCUCACCGAUCCACUCACAAGAUCCUUCCUUCGACCCCUGACCCCGACCCCAGAUCAGAGGCCAGUGACUCUUAAGACAAUCACUUGCUCAGUAAGGCUCGAUGCACUACACAGCAUCUCUCAGGGAGCAGCUCUUUUUCUGACUUUGCAUCAAAAGAGGGUUUAAUAUUUUUGCAAAUUUACAAAAAAUGAAUUAUAAAAGAAUAACUUUUUAGGAUAAAAAAAAAAAAGGCAUACGUCGCCAAACGUAUGCAGGCAACGGAAUCUGCCCAGACAAGGCUUUGAUAAGUGUGUGUCUGUGUGUAUGUGUGUAUAGAGCAUGAAUUCACUGUCCAAAUCUCUUUACAGCCCAGACUAUAUGACAAGCAUUGUUACAUAGCACAUGGAGAAAAAACAAAAAAAAAGAUAUAUACUGUAUGUCGGUGUGCUCUUGUCACCACUGUGCACUCAUGUUUACUGCUUAUUUUGCUGCUUUUCGGGACAGUGAGGGAAGCCCACUAGUAAGCUGUGAAUCAAGCGCCAUCACAACAUCCCUGGGACAGUGAAUUCCAACUCUGAAUAUGAAGUUUUUGUGUGUGAUGUUAUUAUUUUCCCUUGUUAGACUGUGAAUCAGAGGGGUGGGAUGGGGUUAUGAGAGGGGAUGUGCUGGCAAGAACGAGUGGCAACGCAACACUGUAAGUAAGAUACUGUAGCAAUAAGAACUGGAGGCAUUUACUACUGUCAUGUUUGCAUUGUAAGAUUAUUUUUUAUUUUAUUACUAUUUACUAUUAUUAUUGUUCUUAUUAUGACUACUAUUCUUCUAUUACUAUUAGCCUAUUGUUGUUCUGUUCUAUUUGCAUGACGUUUCAUUGCAAUGAAACAUUUGGGGCUUAUUUGUGUUUUUCUCUUCUCAUGAUAUUGUGAGUUUCGUGGGAGGGGGUUAUUGGCAGGGUGGGCGAUGGGUUUAGGGCAAAUUCCACCUCAAUUCAGUCAGUUCAAAGCAAUUUUUUCACAAGCUGAAAGAAUUUUUAAAUAAAAAUGCUCUUAUUUAUACACAACCAAUUUAAAAUUUGUUGUUCGAUUUGAAAUGAUUUACAUUUUUUUUCCCUCAACCUUUUGAAUGUGUGAGUUGGUAUAACCAGUCAGCGAACGGCCCUUUCUGAACUGGCCUUAUUGAACCGGAUCAGAGACCCUUAACCUGCAGAGGGAGGGAACGAUGUGGGGAGGGGGGGGUAAUCUAUUCUGAAUGUUAUGGAGUAGCCUGUUCAGUGUGAGGGGCUGAACGCAUCAUGCGCCUUUACCACUCCAUCAACACAGACUGACAUCGCAGAGAGCGCACAAUAAAACUAGUCGUCAUUCUGUGUGACGGCUCGGACAAAUUGCGCAAAACAUUUUUAAUACACUUGGUUUGAAAUGCAUUUCCUACACUUGGUCAAAUACACUCCAGCCCAAACUUCCUCCUCCCUUUCCUGAGAAGACCUGUGUGUGUGUGUGUGUGUGUGUGUGUGUGUGUGUGUGUGUGUGUGUCUGAGAGAGAAACAGAGAGAAUGAGAUGAUGUUUGCUCUACCAAUGCUUUGUAAACUUUCUUGAUGCAUUACACAUGCGUGCAAUUGGAGUAGUGUUGAAAAUUUGUUAAGUUAUUGUUUAGAAUGUCUUUGCAUCCAAGCAAGAGCAAAUAAAACAAAAUGUAGCAAUCUGUAACCGAAACCUAAAAGGUGCUUGGGCUUACAGAACCUCUUUUACACAGGACUAACAAUACAAAACAAACAAAAAAAUACAAUAAAAUGAGACUUUUUUUGUUUUUUGUUUUCAAAGUGCCAUAGCUAGUGAGGAGAGGAUUGGCAGAGUGGGGCGUAGAUGCUUUACAGUGUGAGUUUACUUGAGAAACCAAUCAAAAAAAAAGGGAACUCUACUCAAAAUGUGUAUUUGAUUACACUGACAAAACGUUUUUACAUUUUAUGCUUUUUUCAUUUGGUGAGAGGGGACUCUGCUGGACUCUGAACUCUGACUCUACAAUAAAUCCAUGAGCUUUGCUGUAGAUUUUUUUUUUAUUAUUUCCACAUGAGAAUGAGAGAGUGUGUGUGCGUGCGUGUGCAUGCAUUCGUUUGCAUUAAAGAGAGCCACAAACACCCACAUUUGAUGGAUCAGAAUGGGUUGAAGUUCAGAGCUAUGCAGGGCCCUUACUGAGUCCUCCUUUGAGAUGUAUAUACAAUGUGAAGGUCUGAAGUGAUUUUUGUUAAAUUCUAUAUUUUAUCGCUUUUGUAGACAUUUUGUUGUGGGAAGAAAAAAAAUAAAAGAAAUUUUAUGGGUGCA